AUGUCAUCGACAGAGCAGAUCACCACCACCGAUUCGGAGGAGAAGCUUCUUGCCGAUCUAGCAGCAAGCAAGACUCUUCCCCUGUGGAAGCAGAUGGCAAGACUGAACCCGCCAGCACCAAACCCAACCACUAUUCCUAAUGUAUGGAAAUACAAAUCCAUCCGACCAAAUCUCGAGCGCGCUGGAAAUCUCGUCCCAGCGGAGCAAGCUGAGCGUCGUGUCCUUAUGUUAAUCAAUCCUGCUCGAGAUGCGCCGUAUACGACCGACACACUGUACGCAGGCCUGCAGCUUGUCAUGCCGAACGAGACCGCCCGUGCACACCGACACACGGCGUUUGCGAUGCGCUUCAUCAUCGAAGGCCAAGGCGGCUUCACAGCCGUCCACGGUCGGCGCAUUAAAAUGCAGCGCGGAGAUGUUAUCCUAACCCCGACGUGGAACUACCACGACCACGGCAAAGACGGAUCAGGCCCAAUGGUCUGGCUAGAUGGGCUAGAUUUGCCCAAUUUCCGGCACUUUCCCGUUCAUUUCGUGGAGCAUUUCAAUCAGCCACGAUAUCCAGCUGAGGACGUUGAUAGUACCACCUCGCCGCUGGUAUUCCCCUGGGCGGAGAUGAAGGCCCGUUUGGAUAGUUCGUCCGGAAACUGGGCAACGCAGCGGUACCUAAAAGCGGAUGGUCGUGAAGUGAGUCGAGUUCUGGGCGGUUGCGCCGAGCGCAUUUCCGCAGGCUCGUCUGCGCCAUCCCGGCGGGAGACGACCUCUUCCGUUUAUCACGUCGUGUCUGGAAACGGGCGUUCGAUCAUCGGAGACGCGGAAUACGAAUGGGAAGCCGGUGACACCUUUUGCAUCCCCUCGUGGUACAAGUAUCAGCAUUUUGCGGACGAGAAAGUGUAUCUGUAUCGAUUCGACGAUCGACCUAUGUUGGAUGCUUUGGGAUUCUAUCGCUCUGAGGAAAUGGACGUGGAAGCGCUGGUAUCGAAUUGA